UUGAAACCUCUGAAAGAUAAGUCAGACAAACGGCUAAAAACAAGGACAACAAGGCUGAACAAAGACAGAUGAUGUAGCUCUGUUGGCCUCAACAGACUGGCAUCUCCAGUACACGUUUGGUUUGGUUUGCAGACAAGUGCAAAACAGCUUGGACAUGACUCCACACCUUCAGGAAGAUGGUGGAUUGCUCACUCCGGGUUGGGAACGAGUCACUGCUUUAAGUGAAGGACUUUGAGUAUCUCAGGAUCUUGUUCACGAGUGAAGCUUGACUCUCUGAGACAGCGGUCAUGGCUCGCUGCAGGAGUUACUUGCGAGGACUUGCCAUCUGUGUCACUGUGCUGCUACUGGUGUCUGGCGUGGUGAUGAUGGGCGUCGGAUUUUCCUCCAUCGACGGCAACACACCAGUUGCUGAGUUGUUUGACCAGUUGUCCAGUAGUGAUGGUUUACUGGUCCUGCAGGUGUUCGGUCCGGUCACAGUGGCUUUGUCUAUUCUGGGCAUCUGUGCUGCGACGUUGGACGUCAAACCUCUGCUGUUGGUGUUUUCUGCUCUGAUAUUCGUGGAGUUUGUAGCUCUGAUGGUUGUUGCCUCUCCGCUGGUCCAGGUUCAAGCUCAGAUGGACAGCGCAGUGGAGGAGGUGUUUCUGAACGUAACUCCCCUCCACAGAGCAGAUCAUUACAUCCAGAGCGAACUAAACAAACUCCAGGCCUCGGACUCUUGUUGUGGUUUGAGAAGUUUUGAGGACUGGGAGAAUCAACUUCCUGUGUCUUGUUUCUGCGCACCUCCUGCCUCCGAGCUGCAGCCGAGCUCUCAGCCUGGUAACUCCAGCUCAGAGGGCCCCUGUGUGAUGGUGGUCAGUGACCCCCCGAGCCCAAAGGUCACAGAUAAAUUAUGGGUUCACUCCAAGCCCUGUGGUCACAUCCUGAAGAGCUACCUGAGCUUCCCCAUCAAACUCAGGAUAGGAAUCAUUUCAGCCUUCGCCACCAUCGCGAUGGCGGCCAUUGCUCUGUGUCUGGCGUUGGGUCUGGAGGAAUAUUGGAAGACGCCUCCGGUAGAAACUGCCGUCGAUGACUUCAACAGAGUGAAAUACCAACCCAAACCCUCCCUAACCUGACCUCUGACCCCUCACCCAGAACCCAGGCAUCAAGUCAUACUACUGGUGAUGAUCGCAAGAGUUCAAUAAAACCACAUCAUCCAUUCUUUCAGGAAUCUGAAUUUCAUUUCAAAACAGCAUGCGUGUAGAUAAAUCGUAUCUCUGCUUUUGAACAGAUAUUUGAAAACUUUAUCCAGUCAUGAUGUUUAUGUGAUAUAUUAAAAGCAGUGGCAGUGACUCACAGAAACAGACUCCUCUCAGAGAGCUCUUGACGUCUGCACUCAGCUUAGAGCUGCUGCGAGGAAAACUAAAAGAGGAACGGCUGCUGGCUGUGAUGACAUGUUUGGCUGUCGUCUUUGAAAAGUGCGUUAUAAAUAAAGUUUAUUUUGUCAGUGA